GUUCCCCCUCAGUGGCGGUUGCACGCUAUAAGGGAAAGCUUCACCGAGGGCCGAGAGGGAAGAGCGGAAGUGCACCUCACCUCUGGCCGGAAACGGAAGGGAAGGAAGAAAAGGAGGCAUGUCGGGUGGUGGCGCGCUGGAGGAGGCGGUUUGAGGCAUCGAGACGAGCCCUCAUCAUUUAGUGGCUAGAGCGUUGGGACUUGGACUGGGGAGACCUGGCUUCCAGUCCCUGCGCAGCCACAAAGCUGUCUGGGUAGGCUUGGGCCAGUCACUAUAUCUCAGGUCAGUUUGACGGAAAUUAAAAGAUGGAUAUCCGACCAAACCACACACUGUAUAUCAAUAAUGUUAAUGACAAAAUUAAAAAGGAAGAACUGAAGAGAUCUCUGUAUGCACUGUUUUCUCAGUUUGGCCACGUAGUGGACAUUGUGGCUCUAAAGACGAUGAAGAUGAGAGGACAGGCCUUCGUUAUAUUUAAAGAACUUGGCUCCUCCACCAAUGCCCUGAGACAGUUGCAAGGCUUUCCAUUUUAUGGUAAACCAAUGCGCAUCCAGUAUGCAAAAACGGAUUCCGAUGUGAUUUCUAAAAUGCGUGGUACGUUUGCUGAUAAAGAGAAAAGGAAAGAGAAGAAGAAGAUCAAGUCCUUGGAACAGUCUGCUAAUGCUGCAAAGAAGCCAAAUCAGGGAGCAAACCAGAAUUCAGCAAAUUCCCAAGCAAACUCGCAGAAUCAACAGGUGCCUGAUAAUCCACCGAACUACAUACUUUUCCUCAACAACUUGCCAGAAGAGACCAAUGAAAUGAUGUUGUCAAUGCUGUUCAAUCAGUUCCCUGGUUUCAAAGAAGUGCGCCUGGUGCCCGGCAGACACGACAUCGCAUUUGUGGAGUUUGAAAAUGAUGGGCAGGCUGGAGCCGCUCGCGACGCCCUCCAAGGAUUCAAAAUUACCCCUUCGCACGCAAUGAAAAUCACUUAUGCCAAGAAGUGAUGGAAGGAAACUAGGAUCCCUGAAGGACUUGCUUAGUUUGGUUUUUCUUUCCCCCUACAUGCUGUAGGGUAAUUUGGAUUGACUGAAGUGUGGUUCCUUGAAUUUAAGGAAAACAUCUGGUAUGGCAUUGUUGGGAGUUAGCCAGCACAAGUAUGUAAAGAUUCUAAACACAUUCAAGGAAUGCCAGCUGAAAAGCUGGAAGCUGUAAAAUUUGGUUGUUGUACAUAAGUCCAUUUUGUAUACUGUGACUGGAGGGGCUCCUUCACAGUAAAGUUACCUGUUCAGAAAUAAAGGUGCAUUUUCUCUCUUGAAACAGUAA